AUGCAAAGGCUGCUACCACCAACACCUAUCCAAAUCUACAAUCUUGGUUUCGCGGACACGAAGCGUGCCGGACGAGUCUUCGAGACGCGUGGGCACGAUUAUCAGUCACGAUGGCGGAGAUUUGACUCCAGCUGCACGCCAAAGACUACCAAUGAUCGUCUACGAGAAGCCAUGGGCAAAGACUGUCCUUAUGGCUCUCAACUCCGACUCUUCUUGCUCAACCUACUUGACCCCCAUGAGAGCGUUGUGUCCGCUCUUGGGCGGCUGAUGCCAACACGCAACAGUCCAGUCUCCCUGCCGCUGAGCCUCGAUCAAAAACGCCGAGGCCGCGAACCGGCUGUCUCGAGCUACAAGAAUACAGGAACAAUUCAGAAUGUGAAUCUGUGA